ACGGGUGGAAGCAGGUCAGUGGGUGGAAUGCUAACAGCGCUAGCAGGCUAACGUCAGUGUUUGUUUAAUUGAGGGUUUGGCUACUCCCCGUUAAAUAUAACAGCGUUCAGUUUGAUAGCUAACAACACAGCGACUGGCGUGUUAACCCGCUGUAUUGUUUUUUAUUUCACACAGCUGUGUGUGUUGUUUUCAUGAGCUUUUUCCUCCCUUCAAGUGUAACUGACGUUACUGGCCAGUUUAAAAAGCUACGGUUGGCUAACAGCAGCAGACGUCCUGAUAGUGAGGUUUGGCACGCAGGACACCGGGGGAUCUGACUAGGUCAUGGCCAAUCGGGGAGGCGCUUCGAGACCCAAUGGACCCAAUGCAGGGAACAAGAUCUGUCAGUUUAAGCUGGUGCUGUUGGGCGAGUCAGCCGUUGGGAAGUCCAGCUUAGUGCUGCGAUUCGUCAAGGGUCAGUUCCAUGAAUUCCAAGAGAGCACAAUAGGAGCGGCCUUUCUCACUCAGACAGUGUGUCUAGAUGACACAACGGUGAAGUUUGAAAUCUGGGACACUGCAGGUCAGGAGCGUUACCACAGUUUGGCCCCCAUGUAUUACAGAGGAGCACAGGCCGCCAUCGUGGUCUACGACAUCACAAACGAGGAAUCCUUUGCACGGGCAAAGAACUGGGUGAAGGAGCUGCAAAGACAAGCUAGCCCUAAUAUAGUCAUCGCUUUGUCAGGCAACAAGGCUGACCUAGCCAACAAGAGAGCCGUCGACUUCCAGGACGCCCAGUCCUACGCAGAUGACAACAGCUUACUUUUCAUGGAGACGUCGGCCAAGACAUCUAUGAAUGUGAAUGAGAUAUUUAUGGCUAUUGCAAAGAGAUUGCCGAAGAGUGAGCCUCAGGUUGCAGGAGCCAGCAGCGGGCGGAACAGGGGAGUGGACCUGACAGAAGCUGCCCAGCCAGCCAAGGCUCCAUGCUGCAGUAACUAAAGAGAAGAACGCCUUCCCCCUGAAACCAAUCUGUAUAGCAGUAACUAACGCGGCCGAUGCCCUGAAUGCCACUGCAGUUACUAAUGCAAUGUGUUGUACUCUUAUCUCCAGUUCUCUCAUUUGCAAACCAAGAAAAGACGCCCUGUGCCCCUCCACCCUUUUCUUUUUGCAGUAAUGAAGUCAGUGCCAUCACACUGAUCUCUGCCUCUUUCCCUCCGUCACAGUUCUGCUGCUACCUGGUGAAGCCUCCUAACCAUUCUUACUUACUCUCUGCCAUCAAGCUUGUUACAUCUAUCAGUUGUUAUUGAUAGAUUAAUGAUAGCAGAUAUUAGAGACAUUAUGUGCCCUGCUUUCUAUCAUCUUCCUUCCGACGUAUAGAUCUGAGUUUCAUUUAGAGGAAGUGGUCACUUCCCUUUUUCUGGAAUAGCUUAAGACUUUACUACUGCAUUUCUAAUGCCAGUCUUGUUUUUUGUUCUUCUUUUUUUUUUUCUUUUCUUUUUUUUUUUGAUAAUUUUGUUGAUCGCUAUAACUUUGUCAAAUGGGUGCACAUACUUGUAUACUUACAUGGCCUAAAAUAGAAAAACAAAACUGUGUUUUACCUUUUUGUCUGCAGUCGCACAGAAAAACUGUCUAUUAGAGAAACAGAGUGUAUUCUUGUGAAUCUGAGAAAGGAAAGAUGGCAGUCGGAAAGAGAGAGAAAGAGAGGAAUCCUAAACUCCACACCUCUCUCUUGUCACUGGGACCCUUUUAUCUUAAAGUUUCAGAACAUUCAUGAACUGUAGUCCUUCUAGAUUCUCUCUCUGAUCUCGUCUGCCUGCCCUUGCUGUCCAUGCCCCCGCCCCACUAAACCCAAAGUAGCACUAGUGUACAUUCUUCUUCCACCACCCCAGAGGCUCCACUCUGGGGCCAUGCCUGCUUCUAGCUGUUCCUAGUGGCAUUGUGCAAUGUUUCACAGUAUUUACUCUGUGACUUGAGUGUCUGCAAGGACCAAUGCAGCACAGCAAAAAAAAGAAAGGAAAAAAAAAAACCUGUUCCACCCAGCUUUCUCCACAACAAGGCGCAGGGCCCUCUGAGAUACACUUAAGUGUCACCAACUCUCCAUCUCCUGAUGCAGCGUCCUUAAAUAUAUCUUGUGUAGACCAUCCCUUUGUGGUCAUACUGGGGUCUCUUGGUUUCUGUCUUUGGAUGAAUUAGUUGAUGUAGAUGAACCUUUUCCGUUGUGUUAAUGUUGCUGGACCGCUGUUGGGUUUGCACCUGGUAAAAAGGCAGCGGUAGCGAGUUGGGAGUUGCAAUAUGUAAGGCUGCUUCAUAAUCACCUUCGAAUCAUAAUUAUUCGUCGUCUCCUCUUGAUUAGGAAGUGCUUUAGACACAGUUGUGUGUCAGUGUGUACAAACUGGGUCUGGGAUGGCUGGCUGAUGACAGAUUUCAUCCAUAGACUCACUCACACGUGCCCAUUUUAUGUUUUUGUGUGUGUUUUGUGUGUUUGGACACACAUUUGCACAUGAACACACGUUGACUUCUUCCUUGUCAACCCUGUCAGACCUAAACAUUACUGUACAUAAAUGCACACACACAGUCUGUUACACCUCUUUGCACCUAUGUUGAGCACACCCUUUUCUUCCCGUCCCCCCACUAUACAUUGUUACAACACACACACACAGAGACACACACACACACACACACACACACACACACACACACACACACACACACACACAUACAUACAUACAGUACAUCGGGUCAGUAACUCUUUUUACAAGUCUGUCUUACUCAUGCCUUGCACUAAUGAUGCUCAUGAAUAUAUCCUGUCAUAAUUACAGCCAGUGUGAUAUAAAUAUAAAUAUAUAUAUAAAUAUAAAUAUAUAAAUAAUAUACUGUAAAUAGGGUGUUGCAGUGUAGUCUACUUUUUUCUUUUUUUUUUUUGAUUUACCAGUGACAGGACUAAUGCUUGUUAGGGAGUUGUCUAGAUAAUCAUAAAAAGAAAUGUACAGUUAGCAGAAAAAAAACUCAGCUACAAUCUGGGUUUGGAAUUUUGUUGCUGUUCCUUUUUUUUUCACACAAAUGGUUAAAUUAUAAUCAGUGGUGGUCUUUAUAAAUGUAUGUAGUGUUAUUAACAAAACAAAAAAAUGAAAUUGCAUUUAUUUAGUCGUCUGUCUUGUACAUUUUUCUCAAAAGAAAAAAAUAAUUUCCAAACAUUUUGGUUUCUAUUUUUUAAACAUUAAAUCUUUCUUGCAUUAAUUUGUUCUUUUGUUUUUGUUUUUGUGGUAUCAGGCUAUGACGCCUUGUCCACUACUCCUCCCUGGAAGUAAAAACCUGAACUGGUGGUAAAAAAGUCCAGAGGAGUCAGACACAGAUACAAAAAAACAGUUUGAUUAACCAACAGUCUGCCCCUCCGUAACAUCUCAGUAACCUUGUGAAGAUAUUGUAGGAACAGUGUAACAACUAUCAGCUGGCACAAUGGUGAUACAUGAAUAAAUGAUUUAACACAUAAUAAGGAUGUAAAUUGUAUGUUUUCCUUUUGUUUUGUUUUUCUUUUUGCCGUGAACACUUAAUUGCAGCCAGAAACAUUUAAAUGCAAGCAUUUUACAGUACUGUCAUGUAAUGACCAAAUAAAUACUGAAAUAAA